AUGCUAUUAAUAUUAUUCUCUUUAGUUUUUGCUAAAAGAAUUAAUGGACCAGUACAUAAAAAGCUUUUUGAACAGAUUUCUGAUACAAAUUAUGUACAUAAUAUUGAUUCCACAUUAUUACUAUAAUAUAAUAGGUAAUUGAUGUUAAUUAUAUUUUAAGUUAUCCUGGAGUGUAUAGUAUGGAAUUAGGUGAAGUUUUAGAUGGAGAAUAUAGACCAAUAAAAGAGAAUGUUACACUUGAUCCAUUCACUUUACCAGGAUGCUAUUAAUAUCAAAGAAGAUUAAUACAUAAACAUUUAGCUGAUCAAUAGAUUGAGUCAGAUGAAUAAACAUUCACUGAUAUGUAUAUUGAUGGUGAUGUUGUUUUUGUAACAAGAAGUGAUAAUGCACUUUUAAAAUUUGAAAUCAUACUUGAUUUAGAAAAUAGAAAAAUUAUAGGUUUAGAAUUUAAAGAAAAAUAUGAAAAUGGAGGAAUAAGUUAAUAGCAUUAACUUUUUUGUUAUAAUAAAGUUUGCAUAAUUUUAGGAGAAGAAGGAUAAAACUUUAUUUAUAAAGACAAUAAAACAUCUUCAAUUAAUUUAACUUCCAUUAUUGGCGAAUUUAGAGAGUUUCCAAAAGAUGUUUAUUUUGAUGAGAAAUCUAAAAUAAUAUAUAUUUGUUAUGAAAACUCAAUUGUGGAUGUGUUACAAUUCACUAAUGAUAAGACAAUUGAAAAAGUUAAAACUAUAAUAGCUGGAGAGAAAAUAGUUUAAAUUAGAACUAAUCCUGAAAGUACCAUUCUUUACCUACUUGAUUAAUAAGUGGGAUUACUUUCUUAUUAAAUUGUUUCUCUUUUAGAAUAUAAAUAAACUUCAUUUUAAAUAAUCUUAAAGAAUUGCAUGGCUUUUGAUUUUUAUUAAAACACCUUCUUUAUUGUUGCUGAAACUUAGGAUGGCAUUCCUUAUGCUUUAGAGGUUUUUUCAUAAGAGGAUACUUAUUAUUUCAAUAAAAUUUAUUCAAAAGACAUGGAUAUUUAUGAUGUAUGGGUUGGAGAACAUUUUGCAAUUCUAAUAGGAGCUGAAAUACAUAGAGUCAUUUAUCAUUCUAUUUAUAAUAAAUUUAUUGAAUAAACUGAAAUUCCUUUAUUCUUUUAAGAUAUUAAUCUAGUUAAUGUGGAAGAGUAUAGAAAGUGGGAUAAUACUUCUUAUAAUGAUUAAGCUAUUGAAUAAGAACCUUUUUAAAAAAUUCCUUUAUUUUAUAAAUAAUCUUUCAUGGUAGGAAUUUCAAACAAUUAAAUUUCAUUAUUUUCCAUUAAAUCAUUAUUACCUUGGGUUUAAUGUAAACCAACAACUACAAAUAAUACAUAAUAUAGUUUAAAAAUGAAUUCAACAUCUUGUUUAUCUAAGUAAAGAGAAAAUGAUCAUACAGCAUUUAAAUAGUGUAUUAUUUUACAUAAUUUUACAAUUACAGGUAAGGAAAUCUACAUUUAUGAAGAGGAUCAAUAAAAAGUAAUAAUAUUUGGAAGCAUUUUGAUGUAUAAAUAUAUAUAAUCAUUUUUUUAGUGGAACAAUCAUAAUAUUGAUUUUGUUUGUUGUGGGUGUAAUUCUAUAUGGCAAUUACAAGAUUAAUCAAUACAAUCCCAUUUAACCGGAUGAGUAAGAACUUUAAAAUGUUCAAGUAGGAAAUCCUGAAAGUUGAU